UUCAGCCUGCCGGUCUGCUGCAUGACAACAGGCGCAAGGGAUUCCCUCCCCCCCCACACACACACAUACACUCACUCCGUAUGUCGCCUCUCCGUCUUCCCGUUCAAAACUGCCUUCAGAAUCUGUCUGGCUUCUUCAACCCGGUGCGACUAUCAAUGGCAGCAUGUACUGGAAUAUAGCGUAACGCGCGACGCGGAGCAGAAACUUUAAACCCGGGGAUAUUUAACCAAAACGCAGUGCAGGCACGCCGAAGAGCAGCCGCAAGGACUCCACAGACAAGAUUCUCACCGAUGAGGCAGCCUCCAAAUGACGUCGAGAUGGCUUUAGGUGGGACACUUCUGCCAUCGAUAUCCACGUUUGCCAGCGGUCCCGCAGUCAAGAGUAAAUCCAUAGGAAGUGCCAAUUUAAGAUGGAAGGAGGAGUUGUCCCUUCUUAAGAGACCCAGUGUGCCAACCGAAAGCAGCUGCUCUGACCCAGACCACCCCACUGCCACCAGCACAACAAGCCCCACCAUGUCCAAAAAACACACAGAGCUUGACCUGGACUUGGACUACGACUUCAUUCUCUCUAACUCCAUGCUGCAGCAGCAGCAGCAGCAACAGCAACAGCAGGAGGAGGCCAUGGCAUGCAGCUCUGCCCAGGCCCUGUCUCCUUCCCCUGGCUCUUUCUCCUCAUCUUACCCUCUCCCCUCCCCUCAGGGCACUGCCAGCGAGCUGCUCUAUACCAUCCCCGAUAUCAGUGAUGUCUCGCCCUCUGGAGGCUUUGUGGCAGAGCUCAUGAGACCCGAGUUGGAUCCAGCGUACCUCCACCCCACCAGCCUCCAUGGCAAAUUCGUGGUCAAGACAACAAUGGACAUGGGAGAAUACAGCCAAGGUGUGAGCGUAAGCAAGGCCUGCGUUAAUGCUGUGUCAGACCCAACUCCUUCACGCGCCUCGCCGUCCUUUACAUGCCACAGGAUAAAGCAAGAGAACCCCGGCAACUGCACCAUCUCGCAGCCCAUAGACCUACACCUUGGGGUAAACUCCCAGGGCCGAGGGAGCCAGCAGCAGCGCCCUGGCCACUUAGACCCACACGGCUUCCCUGGCGGAGGGCGAUCCAUGACAGGUGGCAGGUUAUCGUCAUCCUCCUCCCUCUCCCCUGACCAUCCUCUGAGCCGGGAGCACCAGGUCUUGAGCCAUCCUCACUCUCAGAUCAGUCUACCUCCCCAGGGAUACCACCAUAGCUCCCCACAGGGCUACACCCCCUACCCUCAGCCAUCCUCCAUGCAGUAUCAAGAGCCGCUCAUGAUCUCCGGCGGAGACUGCUUGGCGGAGGAACCAAAACCGAAACGUGGUCGGCGCUCCUGGCCGAGGAAGAGAGUGGCCACACACACCUGUGACUAUGUCGGCUGUGGGAAAACUUACACAAAGAGCUCCCACCUCAAAGCACAUCACCGCACACACACAGGGGAGAAGCCUUACCACUGCGACUGGGAGGGCUGUGGUUGGAAGUUUGCACGUUCGGAUGAGCUCACACGCCACUACAGGAAACACACAGGCCACCGGCCAUUUCAGUGUCAGAAAUGUGACCGGGCCUUCUCAAGGUCAGACCACCUUGCUCUCCACAUGAAGAGACACUUAUGAGACUUUGCAAUGGAAUGAAGGCUCCAUAAAAAGUAAACUAAACAAAACAAAACUAACCAAAAAAAACAAACAAACAAAAAAAAAAACUAUUAAAAAAGGCAAACUUUUGACCUACACUUCUUGAAACUUCUUAAAACCGUAAUUUGCCUUCAAGCAACAAGACAAGCUGUGGUGUUCACGGCAAAAAGAGCAUUACUCCCCCAAGAGCCAAGAGUUUCUCGAUCCCAUCUUUGCACAUUGUGCAGGUGACUUGACAAGACCUCUCAGCCAGGGUUGUAAACUUUUAUGAAAGGGACCAAACUGGAAUUUGUCUUAUUUAACCGACAAAACUUGGAGGACCAGGUGCCAACAGCUUUUAACUGGAAAUGUAUUUCUGUCAGGGAAACCAGGAGCAACAGACAAACAUCUCCAGAGGCCUUCUACCAGCAACAUGCCGAUACAGGCUCUGUUAACAACUACACACUGUUCAAAAUACUGUAUUAAUAAAUACAUAUAUAUUUAUAUACACAUUUCACCUGCAAUUCCUUUAAUUUCAGGUACAAUGUUAAUUUAUACAGAAUGGUGCUCAGUGACUCUGAAGGUUUUUUGUAAAGAAAAGGUACCAAAGAUAAAAAGAUAAGAGAAAAGAGGAAAAACACAAAAAGGGUGAAAACUAUGAAAAAGUGCCAUAUGGUUGUUAAUAUGUUUCUUUGAAACCUCUCUUCCACAAUCAGAAUUAAAUCAGGUGAACACUUCACUUGUAAACGGUGAUGGCAAUCUUCACUGCACUGCAGCUGCAAAGUGCAAUAAUUUAUAUGAGACAUUCAUAUUUUUGUAUUGAAUGAGUGAACUCUGAACAAAGAUUUUUUGUUUAUAGCCAAAAUAUGUAAUAUAAUCUUGAAUUUUGUACAUUUGUGAAUAAAAUGCUUUGUUAUUGUUUUGUAUUUUACAGUAUAAUAAAAUAAAAUGUAUUUGAAAUAAGAAAA